AUGAGACCGGACAGCCGGUCGGUCGGUUCUGAAGAGAUUGACCCGGUUCUGUCCUUAAAGCCUCGAUUCCACUUUGACCUCUGGCUCUGCUUCACCGCACAGAACUGGAUCCUGGAUGUGGGUCGGCCUGUUGCCACGCUCGUCCUCCCAGCAGACUGGUUUCCUCUGAGCCGUCCAGGUGUUGCAGAAUAUCUCCACAUCCUGUACAACAUCAGCGCUCCGCUCGUUCUGCUCAAAAUGCUCGAACACAGCCCGAGGAAGCCGCCCCGCCUCGCCGUCUACCUCGGCAUCAUCUCCAUCGUCAUGGGAACCAGCCUGCACCUGGUGGCGGACUCCAUCACACGACGGCUCUUUCUCAUUGGUUACCAGCUGCACCUGUCAGUCAGAGAGAAUCCAGUAAUGCAGGACCUCAAACCGUCCUUGCUGAUUGAUGCCUUUGAGCUUCUGUUUCACUUUGACGACACUCUCGGUCAUCUGAUGUGGUACGUCCCUCUCUUCCUCGCCCUCUUCCUCUUCUUCAGUGGUUGUUUCAGUCGCAGGAAGCAGGGGGAGAAGAUGCCUGCAGCGGGGUGGAUGCUACUCGCCCCCAAUGCUGCCUACUACUGGUUUCUGAUCACUGAGGGACAGACCUUCAUCCUCUUCAUCUUCACCUUGUUCGCUAUGACCGCCACAGUGAUGCACCAGAGGAGGCGGGGCUUAGUACCCGACAGCAACGGCCUCUUCAUGAUCUACAGUUUCUGUGCAGCUCUGAUCCCGGUGGCGGUCUGGGUGGUCUGUCUGUGGAAUGACGGCGUCCUGAGGAAGAAACAUCCCGGGCUGAUCUACGUCCCCCAGCCUCGAGCCGUCUACACGCUCCACCAGACGACAUGUCUGCAUUUGACGACUGAGGGAUGAGGGAGGAGUCAACAAUCCUCCCAGCUCAUCAGUGUUACGCAAAUCAACCACAAACAGCUUUCUUUAGAGCGGGGAGCCUC